CCUUUCCUCCUGCCUUGCGUCUGUGAGCUCCCAUUUCAGCCCGCCCAGCCUGUGCCUCUCUCUCGCUCCUUGUCUGUCUCACUGAGUCUCACACUCUACAGCAACAAUGAAAACCUCCAAGCAAUCUACAUACUCCAUGCGCUCCUCCACUAGUAGCAGGCCUUCUGCUAUAUCAAUUACUCGCGCCUCUGCUCCUGUCUACAGGGCCCCCACUAUCCAUGGUGGGGCCGGUGGGGGCCGCAUCAGCGUCUCAUCCAGCGGACGCAGUAGCCUGGGUGCUGGGAUGUCAAUGGGCUCCGGAGCAGGGGGCUUCUCCAGCAGCGUCCAGGUGAGCGCCGGUGGGAAAAGCGCUGACAUCAUGGGCAACGAGAAGUUUGCCAUGCAGAACCUGAACGACCGGCUGGCCAACUACCUGGAGACGGUGAGGACCCUGGAGCAGGCCAACAGCAAGCUGGAGAUUAAGAUCAGGGAGGCCCUGGAGAAGAGCGGACCCGACUUCAGAGACUACAGCAAGUACCAGGCCAUCCUGGAUGACCUGAGGAGGAAGGUGUUUGAUUCAACUACCGACAAUGCUCGCCUGAUUCUCAACAUUGACAAUGCUCGCCUCGCAGCUGAUGACUUCAGAGUAAAAUAUGAGUCCGAGCUGUCCAUCCGUCAGUCGGUGGAGGCCGAUAUUAUCGGUUUGAGGAAGCUCAUCGACGACACCAACAUGAGCCGCAUGAAUCUGGAGAGCGACAUCGAAACUCUGAAGGAGGAGCUCAUCCACCUCAAGAAGAACCAUGAAAACGAAGUAAUGGAGCUUCGUAACCAGAUUGCCCAGUCAGGAGUCACUGUAGAUGUUGAUGCUCCUAAGGGACAUGACCUGGCCCAGCUCAUGACAGAAAUUAGGGCCAAAUACGAGAAGAUGGCACUGAAGAACCAGGAGGAACUGAAAGUGUGGCACGAAUCUCAGAUCACAGAAGUGCAGAGCCAGGUUGUCCAGAACACAGAGGCCCUGAAGGGUGCUCAGACAGAGGUGAACGACCUGCGCCGCCAGCUACAAACCAUGGAGAUCGAGCUGGAGUCACAGAGGAGCAUGAAAGGGUCUCUGGAGGGCACGCUCAGGGACACAGAGAUGCGUUACAACAUGGAGAUCGAGUCUCUCAACACCAUCCUCCUGGGUCUGGAGGCGGAGCUCACGCAGCUGCGUAACAACAUCCAGCUGCAGACGCAGGAGUAUGAGUCCCUGCUCAACAUGAAGAUGAAGCUGGAGGCCGAGAUCGCAACAUACAGACGUCUGUUGGACGGUGAAGACUUCGCGCUUCAGGACGCUCUGGAAGACCAGAAAACCGUGAAGACCAAAGUGAUGACUGUCACACAGACCCUGGUGGAUGGAAAGGUGGUUUCCUCCAGCACAGAGACCAAGAACGUUUGAAGACCUGAAGCACACUAACAAACAAUCACUUGACACUAACAUAUGAUCCCCCAAAAUGUUAUUUCCAGUCGGACUUCCUGACUUCUUAAAUAUCAUCACUAACUCUCUCAGCUGCAAUUGGUUUAACUUCCUGGGUUUUUCACAGGCUGAUUAAAAAACUGGAUGAGAGGAAAACUAAAUCAUCCUUUAUUUAUUUCAUCAUGAUGUUAUUUAUGUGUUUGUGUCCUGACCAGUAGAUGUUCAAAAUUUAUAAUUGGAGAGUCAAACGCAUUCAAGAACCUAAUGUUUCAAAGUAAAAACUCCAAAAUGCUAAACAUUAUUUUAAUAUUUCAUCCUCUUUGGUUUUCUCUCUGUCCAGUUAUGUUUGCCUGUUGCGCUGUGAUGUUCAGACAUUUCAAUAAAGAACGUUUCCGUAUUGUU